AUGCUGAUCGAGGAAGCCAACAUUGUCAGGCAAAGAGUUGCCAACCUUAUUGGAGAUUCAAAACUAGAAAGGAAGUUCCUCGUUCCGAACGCUAAGGUUGCAUCUUUGUAUUGUUUGCCAAAAAUCCACAAAAAUCCCAUAGCCAUGCGACCCAUUUCCUCCAAUAUUUGUACACCCACGGAAAAAAUGGCAGCUUGGUUGGUAGAGGAAAUGAAGAAGUACCCGGUGAAUCACGGAAAAAGUGUAAAAAACUCGAUUGAGCUAGUGGAACACCUAAAAGGAUUCAAAGUGCGUCGAGGCGAAAUUCUGGUUUCAUUUGACGUCUCCGCACUUUUCCCCAGCGUCCCCACUUCCGAUGCUCUCGACAGCCUACGAAGACAUUUAGAACGCCGCCGAGUACCCCCCAAUCAGAUCGAAGCAUACAUUGCCGUCGCUGAAGUUUGCAUGAAACAAAACUAUUUCAUGUUUCGGGGUAAGUUUUAUAAACAGACCUUUGGCCUCAGUAUGGGUAGCAAACUCUCCCCCCUUCUGGCCGAAGUAUUCAUGGGAGAUUUUGAAACGGAUCUGGAGAAAAAAGAAAAACUCUUCCCCCGUGUUUGGUGGCGCUACGUAGAUGAUAUUUUUGCAUCCGUAAAAGAACGCUAUCUCCCACAGACACUCGAGCUCCUCAAUAAUCAGCACAGCUCGAUCAAGUUUACGGUUGAAAAAGAAGUUGAGGGAAAACUCCCUUUUCUAGAUUUGCUGAUUCAAAGAAAAGAGGAUAAUACCUUGAAAUUUGGAAUUUACCGUAAACCAACCUCAACUGAUAGAUACAUCACGGUCGACUCGAAUCAUUUUGGGGCUCAAAAACAAGCCGCCUUCCACUCUAUGGCACACCGGUUGUAUCAUAUUCCGAUGGAGAAGACCGAGUUUGAAGAGGAAAAGCAGAAAAUAUACGAAGCCGGGAUUGUGAACGGAUAUGACUAUGAUUUUGUUCGAAAAAUCCUUCGCAAACACGCCCGAAAAAAGCAUAGAAGUGAUAACUACCUUCAGACCGGAAAAAGAAGAAUCUUACAGAGUUAG